AUGAGUUUUGAAAACAAAGUGGUCAUCGUUACUGGAGCUAGUUCGGGCAUCGGUUCAUCAACUGCUGUCCUUUUCUCUAAGGAAAAGGCUAACGUAGUUCUCGUAGGAAGAAACGAGACGAAACUAAAUGAAGUAGCUGCACUUUGUGUAACCAAAAGUCUCAUCGUCAAAGCCGAUGUUUCUAAGGAAGCUGAAGUUAAGAACAUCGUUGAGCAAACCGUGAAGGAGUUUGGCAGAAUUGAUGUACUAGUGAACAAUGCUGGAUUCGUCCGCUAUGGGAGUGUUGGUAUGGGCAAUAUCUUGAGCGCGUACGACGAAGUGAUGGCGACGAAUGUACGGGGUGUUCUCCAUUUAACCACUCUGUGUGUUGAUCACUUAAUUGAGAGCAAAGGUAACAUUGUAAAUAUUUCUAGUAUUGGAGGUCAAAUACCACCGAAUAAGCCAUUAUUGAUGCCUUAUUGUAUAUCGAAAGCGGCACUGAAUUUUAUCACUCAAUCAGUUGCUUUGGAACUUGGAGAAUACGGUGUUCGGGUAAACGCUGUUAGUCCGGGACCAGUUGUGACGAACAUUCUCAAGAAUUCUGGCAUACCCGAGACCGAUUUCUCUUGGAAGGAUUUUGAAGCUAGCACACUUUUGAAGAGAGUGGGUGAGCCAGAAGAGAUAGCUGACCUUAUCAUGUUCCUCGCUAGCGACAAAGCGAAGAGUAUCACCGGUUCCAACUUUGUUUCCGAUAAUGGAUUCCUUUUGAAGCAUUGA